GCAAACUACUCCUGCCAGACAAAAAUAAGUAAAGCUUUCAAUUAUCCUUUGCAGAAGGCACAUUGCGAUUUGCGGACGUCGUCGGUGAGUAUACCCAACAGUUGCCAGUUGGGGUUAUUAUCAAAUAUAAUGUACUUUGCAUCAAAUUGGGGAACCGAUAAUCAGCUUGUUCUGAGUCUGAGCUGCGAUCGCUUAAUAAUUCAGCUGCGAUUAAACACCGCGCUCUCGCUCUCUCUGGUUUGUUGUGAUCCGAUCCGAGUUCAUGUAAGAUCAGUGAAUCGAGAAAAAAAUAUCUGACGAAGCGAAAUCCGGGGGAGUUCGUUAGAUAAUGGCGUCGUCGAGGGUGAUGGCAACCACGUCAACGACGAAUCACGAACUGCCACGUGAAUCAUCCCUAUGCCCCUCGGUCUCUUCUCUGCUUGCCGAUCUCCAACAACAGCAGCAGCAGGAAAGCCUUGACCCAACCGGUGAUCCCUUGGUCUCCUCCAUGAGCAUGGACGAUCUCUUGAAGAACAUCUACGCCUCUGCCUCUCCUCCACCGCAAGUGCUAACCGAGUCUCAGGCGCCGUUCCCCAGCGCGCCCGACGCACGCGAUGGCGACGGUUGUAUUGGGAACACCAAGUCUGUGGAGGAGGUGUGGAAGGAGAUUGUGGCAGGCGGGAAUCAGAGGCUACCGGUUACUGGUGGAGGUCCUGGUGAGAUCACGCUGGAGGAUUUCUUGACCAAGGCAGGAGCGGUGAGUGAGGAGGACGUUAGGAUGCAUAAUCAGGUGGAAGCUCGUGCAGCUGCUGUGUAUACUGUCGAUGCGAGUGUGGGGUAUGCAAAUGGCGGAAUUGGAACGGGAGAAACAGUGAGAAGAGGAGGUAAGAGAAGGGUAGAGGAACGACCACUUGAUAAGGCUACACAGCAAAAGCAGAGGCGCAUGAUCAAGAACAGAGAGUCCGCCGCCAGGUCCAGAGAGCGCAAGCAGGCUUACACAGUAGAGCUUGAAGCCCUUGUGUCACAGCUAGAGGAGGAGAAUGCACAGCUGUUGAAAGAAGAGGCUGAGCAAAACAAGGAGAGGUUUAAACAGCUUGUGGAGAACCUAGUUCCUGUUGUUGAGAAGCGAAAACCUCCGCGUGUUCUUCGCAGAGUGCAUUCUUUGCAGUGGUAGAUGUGGUUCACAAUCUGUGGUUGAUAAAUCAGAGAUGGUUAUAUACAGAUAAGUGAAGAAUAAAGAUUGUGUUUUUUCUAUUAGUGGGAGCUCUUUUGCAGAAGAGGCUGGGUACAGCAAUUAACUUGUAGUAUAGUUAAACAAGACCGAUGAUAGCAGCCGGUGGAGAAUUUGGAUAAUUGUCUAGUGUAUUUACCUUAGGUAACUGUGUGGGAGAAAACAGGGGCCUCUCAAUUCGCAGAAUUUCCGGAUUCUCCUCGCGUGCUGUUGGUCAGAAGAAUGUGAGCCUCGACUAAUUUUGCGUCACAAUAAUCAUUUUAUAUUGAUUAACAUUAUUUGCAUCUCAAAAUUUGUUAAGUACACCAUAAUCUUUGUAAACUCCAGACAAAAAUAUAACAUUACCAAGUACAACCUUUUUUUUGUUUUUUCUUAAAAAUCAAUUAGCACCUCACUUUCUCCUU